GGGUUCCGGUUGAAGUUUGCUGGAUAUCGGAAACGAUUAGUGAAGUCCAGACCAGAGGAAUACCAAUAGAUGAUGAGAUGUAUCACCCAUUGUAAAUUGGUGGUGUGUCUCACCUGACAUGGAAUUACUCCGAGUCCGGACUCUUUUGAACAGGGAAUAAAUCAGGGCUGUUUUUGACCAUGGCGACUAUCGGGGAGGACUCAAGUCCCAGUUUCCCGACCCCUUCUCUUCCUACAGGCUCCGCCUCCAGUCCACAGAGUGAAGCCGUAGCCAAUGAGCUGCAAGAACUGUCUCUUCAGCCCGUCCCCAACUUGCUUCCUAUUCACGAGAGAAAGAAUGUGCUCCAACUCAAACUUCAGCAGAGACGGACUCGAGAAGAACUGGUUUGCCAGGGGAUCAUGCCACCACUGAAAAGUUCUGCGUCCUUUCAUGAGCAGAGACGAAGUUUAGAACGAGCUAGGACUGAGGACUACCUGAAGAGAAAGAUUCGCAGUCGUCCAGAGAGGUCAGAGCUGGUCAGGAUGCACAUUCUUGAAGAGACGUCAGCGGAGCCAUCUCUUCAGGCCAAGCAGCUUCUGCUGAAGCGAGCUCGUCUAGCUGACGACCUGAACGAUAAAAUCUCCCAGCGGCCUGGUCCGAUGGAGCUCAUUCACAAAAACAUCCUUCCAGUUCACAGCAGCCUCAAACAAGUCAUCAUAGAGACGGAGUUUCCAAAAGUAGAAGCGGAGAACUCUUCGUUUGAUGAGGAAAGCAGUGACGCUUUCUCACCAGAACAGAUACUCUGUCAGGACUCUCCCCUUGUCCACGCCCACUUACCUUCUCCGCCUGAGAUACCAGCAAAUGAAACACCAAAACAGGUCCCGCCCCCUCCUCCUCCACCUCCAUUGCCAAACGCAGCUGGCCCCGCCCCUCAGCAGAAACUAGCCAAUGGAACAACAGGCCACAAGCAAGCUCCUGCACUACAAAAGGGUGGUAAAGUGAGUAGUGAACGCCCUGCUCAGCGCUCUAAGAAGGUGAGAGACAAUAAACCCAAAGUAAGGAAGCUGAAAUAUCACCAGUAUGUUCCUCCGGACCAGAAACCUGAGCGUGAGCCUCCGCCUCUGCUCGACUCCUCCUACGCCAAACUCCUCUAUCAACAGCAGCUCUUCCUUCAGCUACAGAUCAUAAACCAACAGCAGCAAAACUACAACUACCACACCAUCUUACCUGCUCCGCCCAAGCCUCCUGCUGAUCAGCAGCUUGCCUCAGCCAAUGGCCCGUCAUCAUCCAGGAAUGACACGCAACCUCAAUCAACAUCCACUAAUCUGACAGGUCAAAAUCAGCAGAACACUGCAAAUGGAGGCGGGAUUAAAAUAGGGCCUUUGCCUCCUAACCUGGAUGAGCUAAAGGUGGCAGAGCUGAAGCAGGAGUUAAAACUGCGGGGCUUAACUGUCUCAGGCACUAAAAAUGACCUUAUUGAACGGCUGAAGAAUUUUCAGGAGCAGCACGGUGGCGUCAGUGCACCAACAUCUUCUAAAACCAAAACACACUCAACAGCUGCCCCUGUAGCGGGAGGAGACUCUUCCCUCUACCAGUUAAGAGACAGGAGUAUGGUGGUUGCUUCCUUCCCAUUCGUUGCCACUGCUGAAAGGGGCGGAGCUCAGGUGACAGCACCACAGAUAAUGCAUUUUGGCAGCACUAGCUCCUCCCCUCCGGUUUCCCCCGCCCACUCAGAGCGCUCAUCGACUGGACUGAGCCCAGAUGAAACAAGCUGUAAUGGGGAUGCUUUUGGGGAAAUGGUGACCUCUCCUCUUACCCAGCUGUCCUUGCAGCCUCCUUCCCCUCUCCCCACAGCGAUUUGCAUUAAAGAGGAGCCCGGCAGCUGGACGUCUCCUUCCUCCUGCUGCCUGCUGUCCCAGUCUGCUGCGCCCCCUGUAGACAAGGACCAGAUGCUGCAGGAGAAAGACCUGCGCAUUCAGGAACUCACACGCAUGCUUCUGCAGAAGCAGCAGCUGGUCGAAUCGUUGCGCUCGCAGCUGGAGGGCAAACAGGUCGGCGUGUCGGUCCGACUCAGAAAGGAACUUUCUGGUGUCACGAUGGAGGCGGUCAGGGCGACCAUAAAGCAAGAAGUCAUAGAGGUGGUGGAGGAGAGUGAGAUGGUAACAGAGCCACAGGUGUUCCCGCAGGCGGAGCAGCAAAGGACGCUGGAGCAGGACCGGCAGCAGCAGCAGCUCAUAAUGCAACAGAAUCAGCGUAACCUGCAGCAACAAGCACAUCAGAGGAAGAGGAAAACACAAAAACAACAGCACAACCAACAAAAACAACAGUUGCCUCAAGCACUUACCAACCAGCAGUCAAGUCCUGUUUCUUCAUUCCCAGUGGACGGACUUAACCCAAACUCCACCCCCGCGAUAGUGACCGACAGUAAUGGCAACCAGUUCCUGCUAACACUGUCAAAUCAAAACACAGACGCACCAGCCAGAGGUCGCCGCCCCCAGAGCAAAGUAACCAAUCAGAUCAAACUACAGAGACUACAGUCUACAUCCACAACGUUUCCCAACCAAACAGUGACUGAAUUGCCUAACAAUAACACUCAAUGGGAACAGCCCAUACAAACUGUCAUUUUGAAACAGCCAAUCAAAAAGGCACUAAAGCCAGACCUAAACGUGACGACCAAUUACAAAACAUCAAGCUUUACAUCCAUAUCAGCACCAUACAAGCUCCAACCGUUCUUCUCUCCAGUGGAGUCCAUGAACGACAUGGAGCCCGUCCCCUCAUCUCCCAACAACAACAACAAUGUAAGUGAGAAGAUGUGUUUGGACCAGCAUGCUUUGCUCUCUCCCUCCACCUUGUGUUCACCCAUAGCUCUUUGCCAUCAGGAGAAUGGCUGCCAUCAGCAGGUUGACGACCUGUUUGACAUCCUAAUUCAGCGUGGAGAAAUCUCUGAGAAUUUCAAAGCCGCCCCUGAUCCUGUUCUCGAAAGGCUUCGGCCAAACACGCCCCUUUUCUCGAGCUCCUUCCCUCUCUGUCUUUCCCCUCCCUCUGAUCUGCCCGUCAAAACUUUGAUUUUAGAAUCUCAACCUCCUUCCAUUAAGGCUCACGGCAUUUGUGGCACAGGAGGUGGGCGUCUUGAAGAUUUCCUGGAAAGCACUACUGGCAAACCUUUGCUGGGAUUGGAGCCAGGAGGACCGACAAUGCUAAUCGUAGACCUCCACAACCAAAUGCUCAGCACACCGAGUAUCCUAGACCACCCACGUUCCCCAAUGGAUACGUGUGACAUGAGCUUUUCCAAUCACUCGGCUUCAGAUUUGGUAGACUCCGCCCCCGAUCCUAUGGAUUGGAUGGAGCUUGGAAUGGGCGGGGCUGAAGGGGAGGAGCCAGGGAUGGUACAUAUGAAUGGACACGACUCCUCUAGCUUAUUUUCUGCAGACUUUCUGGACACUUCUGAUCUGAAUUGGUCCAGCUUAUAGUGGAUUGGCUUCCUUCGCACAGUACAGCAGCUUUUAUUUUCGUUUCCACCAGUGACUUUUCCAGUUUGGAUUCAACAAGUUUGGAUUCUCAUAAUACUAAUUUAACUUGGAUCAUGUUACAUUUUUAAGAGGACUUUAUCUCUCACCUCCCCUUGUACAAAUGCUCACGAACCCCUCAUAACACACGUAUGUCACAGAGCAGUCAAUCUGAUAUAUAUAUUUUUUUUUUAUCCAGAUGCACUUUUUUUGAGCAUUUUCUUAUCUGAAACACAUUUCUAAAACUUUCCAAAUUUGGAA